AUGGCAUUGCCGCGCAAGAUCUUGAUCGUUGGAGGGGGUGUCUUCGGAUUGUCUACCGCUAUCUCCCUGUCAAAGCGACACCCAGAAUGCGAAAUAACGGUCGUGGAAUCCUCUCCGGUGAUCCCCAACCCGCACGGUUCAUCCGUCGACACAUCACGAAUCAUUCGUGCCGACUACGCAAACGCAGCGUACUCCAAGCUCGCAAACGAAGCCAUUGAGCAAUGGCGUAGCACAGGCUGGGGUCGCGAUGGUCGCUACACUCAGAACGGUUUGCUGCUCGUCUACCCGGAGGACGGUGUCAGCGCAAAGGAGUACGCCCGCAAGAGCUACGCCAAUGUGCGCAAGAUCGAAGGCGAUAAGGUCGAAUUCCUGCCUACGCAGAAGGAUGUCCUCAGGGUUGUACCGGCCUACGGCUCGGAGCUCGAUGUCGCGGGCGGCUAUGUGAACUGGGGCUCCGGCUGGGCUGAUGCGGGUGCCGGUGUGGCGUAUGCCAAGUCACUGCUCGACGCCGAGGGCAAGGUUGUUUUCCGUACUGGAGAUGUGGAGCGCGUGCUCUACGACACCUCCAGUGGCAAGUCCAAGGCCCGUGGCGUUGUUCUUGCUGAUGGCGCGACACUCGAGGCUGAUCUCGUUGUUCUGGCUACUGGCGCGUGGUCUUCUAAGCUGGUCGAUCUGCGCGGCCGUGCUGUUGCUACCGGACAGGCAAUUGGGUAUAUUAAGAUCUCCGACGAGGAGCAGCGCGAGCUCGAGAAUUUGCCUACUAUUUUGAACUUCGCGACUGGUAUCUUCAUUAUCCCACCGCGGGACAAUCUUCUCAAGAUUGCGCGCCAUGCGUUCGGAUACCGCAAUCCAGUUGCGGUGCCGGUGCCUGGUGAGAACAAGGGACGUACGAUGGACGUCAGUUUGCCUGAGAAGGGAGCCCCAGUUCCCCUGGAGGGACAGGACUCUUUCCGCGUUGCGCUGAAGCAAUUGCUGCCGCGAUUUGCGGACAGGGAGUUUGUCGAUACAAGGGUGUGCUGGUACACCGAUACGCCCAAGGGUGACUUUAUUAUUACCUACCACCCCGAGCACGAGGGUCUGUUCCUUGCUACCGGUGGUAGCGGUCAUGGAUACAAGUUCUUCCCUGUCCUCGGAGACAAGAUUGUUGAUGCGAUGGAGGGAACUCUUGCAGCCACUGAGCCUGAGUUGAGUGAGAUGUGGACCUGGUCCCCCACUGCAGUUUCUGACGGCGAGGACUUCGACGGUGAUGGUAGCCGGUCCGGAGAGAGGAGAGCUAACCUCCAGGAUGAAUUGGCUAAGACGAAGAAGGCUUCGCGAAACAGUGUGCUAUAG